AUGACGCCAUUACCUAAGGUUUCAACUUUUGAUGUGAAAAGAAUUGCCGUCAUUGGCGCUGGACCUUCGGGUCUUUCUGCUGCAAAGUAUCUGAAAGCACAGGAUGCCUUCGACUCGAUUGUUGUAUACGAACAGCAGGAAGAUAUCGGGGGCAUAUGGAAUUGUUCGAAGCAAUUUUCCGGGUUCGGGGCGAAUCCGGAACCUGACAGCUUGGGUACGCCAGAAAGUCGUAUUGAAAGCGACCUGAGCUCAUCAUCGUCGCCCUUGUACGAUCAACUGUAUGCCAAUAUUCCUCUACCGUUGAUGCAAUUUUCCGAUCAACCUUUUCCUCCAGGAACCGCGCUGUUCCCUUCUAUCGAUGUUGUGCAAGAGUAUCUUCUCAAGUAUGCCAAAGAAGUCAGGAAUCUUAUCCAAUUUGGGGUUCAAGUGAGCAGAGUGAUGCCACUUUCAUGUGACGAGAAGACCAUCUGGAAAUUGGAAGCAAGGUCCAUGCACGAUAACCGCACCGUCAGAGUGGACUACGACGCAGUAGUCGUCGCGACUGGACACUAUUCACAAGCGUUCAUCCCAAAUCUAAAGAACCUUACCGAAUUCAAGAUGGCAUACCCGUCCAUCGUGUCGCACUCCCGCACAUACCGGUCACCAUUACCCUUCAGAGACAAGAAGACCAUAGUUGUGGGGAAUGGGCCAUCAGGUACAGAUAUCGCGUCUCAGAUCAAUCGGACAUCGAUGAGGAAAACACUACUCUCUGUGAGAACUCCAACGCCUCCGCCAAAACUAGCAUACGUGGGAUGCGAAGAAGUUUCGGAAAUCGAAGAAUUCCUUGUGGAUGAACGAGGAGUUCGGUUCAAAAAUGGAAGAGUCGAAAGGGGUGUCGACGCUGUUAUCUUCUGUACUGGAUAUAGAUACGACUAUCCCUUUUUAUCCAGCCUGGGAACGAAGCUCAUAACAACUGGUCACGGUGUUCAUGGGCUUUACAAGCACAUAUUUUGCAUCGACCAUCCCACAUUGGCAUUUUCAGCGCUUAACAGGAAAACGGCCCCUUGGCCACUUUCCGAGGCGCAGGCCGCCGUCUUCGCCGCUGUAUGGUCAAACAGUAUUCAACUCCCCUCAACUGAGGAAAUGCGCAGAUGGGCCAACGAUCUCUACGCACAGCAAGGGGAGCAAUUGCAUCUCUUCCGGACGCGCACCGCCGAUGGUCAUUAUAUCAAUGAUCUCUACGAAUGGGUCAAGACGUCUGCGCAGCAGGGAAAGGAGCCGCCAUUCUGGAAUGACAUUACGUACUGGCACAAAGCCACUUUCCCCCAGGUAAGACUGAAAUACGACCUCGGCGGUUGCAAAGCGACGAGUCUGGAAGAGCUCGGUUUUCGCUACGAGUCAAAUUGGAGAGAAGAAUGA